GGGGACAAACGGGGAGGAGGAAGUUUGUCAGAAAAGACCAUCUCUGAGCCCAAGAGUGAUUACCAGAGGUGUCUCCAUCGACAGCCACCCACCUCAGGUCGAUAGUACUCAAAUGAGUACGCCGGUGCGGACUAUAUAAGAGAAGCACAUGGCCCUGGAGGGCGCAUCCCCCCUCUCCGGGCGCAGCACCGACCGCCCCGCUCCGCUUCGCGCCCGGCGGAGCCUCCGCGGGGACACGGGCUCUCCGGAGGCGGCAAAGGACAUCUCUUUUCCGCCUGCUCGCCUGCCCUCAGCGAGGCUUGCCUCCGCUAGAAGCGCCGCAGAGAUGCGAGGGGCGAAGAAGCGCCAGGCGCUGCCCGCCAUCCUGCUCCUGCUGCUGACCUCGGCCCCGCCGCCACCCGGCGCCGAGGCCAGGGACGUGCCCUCCGCCGAAGCCGAGCGGGGGGCGCUGCUCGAUUUCCUUCUCCAAGCCCUGGGCGACGGCGAACGCCCGCUGCUGCCCCGCCCGCCGCGGCGGGACCGGGUGAUCUCCCGGCGGUACAUCGGCGGCGCCCCGUCGCCGGACCCCCGCUCUGUUGCCGUCGCCGCCGCCGCCCCCCGGCCGCCGCCGGCCGUCGCCCCGCCGCCUCCACGGCUCUUCGCCACCGCCCGACACGGAGAAAUUUUUCCAAGAGAUUCCACUCUAAAAGACAAGUUCAUAAAACAUUUUACAGGGCCAGUCACGUUUUCAUCAGAGUGUAGCAAGCACUUUCAUCGACUGUAUCACAACACAAGGGAUUGCUCAACUCCAGCCUAUUACAAAAGGUGUGCAAGGUUGCUAACAAGAUUAGCAAUGAGCCCUUUGUGUACACAGUCCUAGGAUGUUUGCUGUACUUUUUAACAAGGAGAGAAUUCUGAUUUGCCAAGAAAGUGCCUUGAAAUCUUCCAAGACAGAGAAGACAUCUUUUACUUUUUUGAUUUACAAUGUUUUGUUACUAGAUGCUUUUUAUUUUCAUAUAUUUGUUGGACAUUCCAUAUUUGUGUGAAACGUUAUUUUAUUUUAAUUUGUAAAUUUGUUGCCUAUAGUUCAGACAAGCCAAUUAUUUAAAUAAAUUGUAUAUAAAGGAUACUAAUGAUAUACUGAUUAAAUGUUUCAACCAUAUGCAGGGAAUUGGUAAAAUUUUGCUGUUUCUCUUGUUCCAUUGUAUUUACAUCAUUCUGCUCAGGCUCUUACUUUCAUUAUUUGCACUAACUUGAAAUGCAGAAGUCUAUGUAACUGAAAUCUGAAUAAGCUGUAAGUGGAGAAGUUUUACUUGCCAUGGAAGAUAUUUUAUAUUAUGAAGCUUUGUUAAUAUAUACAUAUAUAUUAUUGCACAUCAGAAAAAAAUCUGCUCAGAAAUGCACCUUGCUUUCAGGAACAUUUGUAUGACUAUUCUGGAUUGUCAUCAGUUGCAUUUGUACUGGCACUUAUGGAAAGAGUUGCAAAUAAUGUAAAUAUAAAGACUGGAAAACUGCAAUGCAGUUUUGAUGGAAUAAAGGACAUAAAAGUAAACUCUUUUCCAGGAGGGGUUAUUUAAAUUUAUUAAGAGGCUAAUUGUUUAAUAUAAAAAUUGAAUUUAUCUGGUGAACUUGAAAUAAUUUUUCAUUGAGAACUGCAAACCUGUGGGUUUAGGUUUUUAAAACAUUUUAUUUUCAAGUGAUAAUUUUUUUUCAUAUACUUAUUCUUCAACUGAAUGAGAUGCAAAAAAUCCCCACAUCAUGCACCCGCUGUGAAUAACAGAAACCUGUGAGGGUGAAAAGAGGGUAAUAAAAUUGCAUAGUAGAAGAGAAAAAAAUAUCAUGAAACCAAGAGGUAUAAUGAAUGAAUUUGACUGGUGACAUAUCAAGUUUAACUAUUUGGGAAGAAUACAAAGCACAGUUGCUGCAUCUUUCUUACUUAAAAUCAAAUUGUGAUGAUAACAUUUGCUACCCAUUUCUCUCAGGUCUUUUAUUGCAACCUUAUAUGAUUGCUUUACAAAGAACCUAGUAUUAAGUGAGGCAUUUAUGGUCAGGCCCAGAGUAACUGACAACACACGUUCAUUACCAUGCCCAAAUCACAGUUCUUAUAGUUAACUGACCAUUCAAACCAGUCCCCUCAGAUUAGAUAUUGUCUCCAUCCUUUCCCUCAGUGUGGGCUUCAUGAGCACCUUUAACUUCAAUGGCCAGCAUAUUUCCCUCUGAAGAACAGGGAAGCGCUGCCCUGGAAUUCCUUGUCAAAUAGCAAACAGCUGAGUUAUUAUCCAAAGGGGUUUUCUCUUUUUUCUCUACAUGGUUCAGUGUGUUUCAUCACCGAAGUUCUGCUGUGUCCCUGUGAUGCACCAGGCAGCUGAACCCAGAACAGCUGCAGGUACUAUGAUGUUCUGUCUGGACAAUAGUAUAGUACAGCAGCUGUUUCUAACCAGCUCCUUAGACACAACUGUUAAAGUAGUUACUCCUUUUAUGUCCUGGCUAAAAAGUUGUAGUUAUGCUUAACAUGGUUGUUUUUCAAACUUUUUGCCACCAUUUUCUUUCAGUAAGAGCAAAGUUUUCAAGCCUUGCUCUAAUUCACAUUGGAGGUAGUAUUCAUGUUGAAGAUAAAGUAGCAUUUAUGAAAACCCAGUGGCUUAAUGGUGAAAUAGAUGACCUUGUUUCUCUGUGAGUAACAUACUUCGUAGAAGGAUUAUGAG